AUGCCACCAUCAGCAUACCACCCCUCGACCCACGGCGUCCAUGCCGACGACCGCAUCAACAUCCUCACUGACGUCGCCCCACCCAUUCAUACCGCAACCACCUUCCGAUAUCCUCACGACCCAUCGCAACUCCAACCUGUUCCCACAGAAGGCGAAUUCGUCGACCUCCAGACACCUUUGAUAUACUCGCGCCUCGCAUCCGCCAGCACAAACCGACUGGAAACCAUCCUGGCCCCACUAAUGUACCCGGAUGCUAAAGAAGAGGAAUUGAACGGACAAAGUGGGUUGGCAAAUCAUGUUGUUAGCUACACAAGCGGCCUCAGCGCUUUCCACGCUCUACUCGUCAACCUCGUACCCAAAGUUAUUGCGAUAAGUGGUGGAUACCACGGCUGCCACGGCGUUAUAGACCUGCACAAGAAGAUGCACGGUGUGAAGACUGUCGACCUCCAUGCCGACGACGCUACCUGGGACGCUGCGGGCCUGGGAAAAGGUGACCUGGUUCAUUUGGAAACACCACUGAAUCCUACCGGCGAAGCCUUCCACAUCGCCAAAUACGCAGAACGGGCCCACGCGCGCGGCGCAUAUUUGAGUGUUGACGCUACGUUUGCGCCGCCGGGCUUACAGGAUCCGUUUCGUUGGGGCGCGGAUGUGGUUAUGCAUAGUGGGACUAAGUAUAUCGGGGGGCACAGCGACAUGCUUUGUGGCAUUCUAGCGGUGAAGAAAGGCGAGGAAGGGUUGAAGAGAGCGAAGGCGCUGCGCGCUGAGAGGAUCUUCUUGGGUGCUGUGCUGGGCAGUCUGGAAGGCUGGCUCGGAGUAAGGAGUCUGCGGACUUUGGACUUGCGUGUUCAGCGGCAGAGUAGUUCUGCAGAUAAGCUUGUCCGCUGGCUGCAGGAUUCCCUUGAUGGCAAGGGUGAGGGGAAAGAAGCGGAGGUGGUGAAGACAGUUGUGAGCAAGAUCUCUCAUGCUAGUCUGCAAACGGCGGAUUACGGUUGGCUUAAACAACAGAUGCCCAACGGUUUCGGCCCCGUCUUCAGCAUCUACAUGAAGACGCCACAACUCGCACGUACCUUACCUAGCAAACUCCGCCUUUUCCAUCAUGCGACUAGCUUGGGAGGUGUGGAGAGUUUGAUCGAGUGGCGCAGGAUGAGCGAUGCAGAGGUCGAUGAGAGGUUGCUGAGGGUCAGUGUUGGGGUGGAGAGUUGGGAAGAUUUGAAAGGGGAUUUGUUGGGUGCCUUCGAGUCGUUGGGAAACGAUCAAAAGAACGUGACAGAUAGAACGAUUAAUGGAGGAGAGGUGCAGCUUGGACAGGAGGGGGCGCAGAUGCCGGAGGCGGGUGCUGGCGCUGUAUGA